CCAGACGCCGCGUCCUUCCCCCGGACUGCUAUAAAACUCUGCAGCCUCCUCCGGGAGCCGCACUCCUCCUCCUCCUCCUCCAUCCAUCCAUCCGUCUCCAUCCAUCAUGUCGGUCGCCGUGGCCCGCAGCAGCAGCAGCUUCUCCAGCUCCAGCGCCAUGAGCCUCGCGCGGAGGCGCAUCUCCAGCUACGCGCCCAGCGUGCAGCUGGGACCGGGGGGCGUCGGGGUGGUGGCCUCGCGCUCCCUGUCCCGCUCCUUCUCCUCGUCCUCCUCCGCUGCAGCGGGAUCCUCCGCCAGCUGGAUGGCCGCCCUCUCCGGGGAGACCUCUGUGGUGGGGGACGAGAAGCUGACCAUGCAGAACCUCAACGACCGGCUGGCCGCGUACCUGCAGAAGGUGCGCUCCCUGGAGUCCUCCAACACAAAGCUGGAGAUGCAGAUCAGAGAGUUUUAUGAGAAGAGAGCUCCCACUGCUUCCAAAGACUACGCAGGCUUCUUUGUCACCAUCAGCGACCUGCGUGCUCAGAUUCUGCAGAAAUUCCUUGACAAUCAGAGGAUCAUCCUGCAGAUUGACAACGCUCAGAUGGCUGCAGAUGACUUCAAGAUAAAGUAUGAGACCGAGCUGAACAUGAGUAACAGCGUCAUGUCUGAUAUAUCUCAACUCCGGGGGGUCCGGGAUGGUCUGACCCUCACUGUCACCGACCUGGAGGGGCAGCUGGAAGGUCUGAAGGAGGAGCUGGUCUUCAUUAAGAAAACUCAUGAGGAGGACAUGAGCCAGCUGAGGAUCCAGUCCAGCGGCAGUGUGAACGUGGAGGUGGACACUGCCGAGUCCAUCAACCUGCAGAAGAUCCUGGAGGAGACGAGGGAGCAGUACGAAGCCAUGAUGUUGAAGAACACCAAGGAGCUCGAGCAGUGGUUCCAGACGAAGGUGGCGUCACUGCAGACUGAAAUCACCACUCGCACCACAGAGGUGAACACUUUCACCAGUGAGCUGUCAGAGCUGAAGAGGACCUACCAGAAUUUGGAGAUAAGUCGUCAGAGCAUCAUUGCAGAGCAUCAGUGUCUGCAGCAGAGUUUGGAGGAAGUGAACGCCCGGUAUGGCGUUCAGCUCAGCCAGCUGCAGGUGACCAUCACCACGCUGGAGACGGAGCUGCAGGAGCUCAGGCUCACCAUGGAGAAGCUGCAGACGGACUACAACAUCCUCCUGGACAUCAAGAUGAGGCUGGAGCUGGAGAUCGCCGAGUACAGGAGGCUGCUGGAGGGGGAGUACACCGAACGAAAAAAGGUUGAGGUUGUCGUCGUCAAGGAGGUGGAGGAGACAGUGGAGGAGCACAAACCCCACAUCGAGAAGCGAGUGCGCACCAUCGUGGAGGAACUGGUGGAUGGACGGGUGGUGUCCGUCUCUGAUGACGUUAAAGUGGAGUCCAUUCAGUAGCUCGCCUCUGCUCACUCCUGCCAAUGAGCUUCAGCGUGCAGAGCCGUGGAUUCAGAAAUGGAGCCCUUUCCCACGAAUCAGAUGUCGACUUUGGGAUUUUCUGUCUUGUUUUGCUGAGAAAUGUUUUGACUUGGUGGCAGCUCUUUCUCAUAAAUAUGAAACCUAAAUAUGAAUAAAGAUUAGAUGUGCAUUCUUCUAUAUUUGGUGCUUGAGUUCAGAUAAGUGAGUCUUUAACAGAGUUUAAUCACACAGCUGAUUUUUAGGCAUAUUAAUAAUCCAGAGGCGUCAACUCAUUUUAAUCAUCAUUAAUUCCAUUUCGAGGGGCUCAGGUCAGUAACCUGAGAGAAAAACAAACAUCAAAACAACUCCAAAUGGUUUCAGUGCAAAGAACACAUUAUAAAACAGUUUACUUUGAAUGAGAUGCAAUUUACACAGAAUGGUAAGUACAAUUUUAUUCUAUUAAUGAUGGUCUUUUUUUGACAUUUUUCAGCUCUCAUACAUGCUUUGAGGAUUUUCACUCUGACUUCCAUCCAGAUUAUAUUUUAUAGGUAAUUGGGGCUCAAUUUUGAUACAUCUGAAAGAACCAAAAUAAAGCAGAAGGUUGGAAAUCCGAAUUUUUUUUUACAUUACAGACAAAAAGAAAAAAAAUAAAAGCUCAACACUGUUUUCUUUGUGUGAUCUGUAAUUUGGAGUAUGAUGGAAGUUUUUUCUGUUUAUUCUUGUGUGAAUAAGUAUCAAGAAUCUUUACAGAGCGAUGAAUCUAUGCAGCUACAACUCUGUGCCUUUCAUCCAUCCAUCCAUUAUUAAUCCAUCUAUUCCUUUUAAUUUUUUGUAUGUUUUUUGUUGGUUGGGGUUCUGAAAAUUGUGGUAGCAAGGAAGCAUGCUUGGAAUUUGUUUGGAGGAGUAUCAGUUUGAAAUAAGUUAGAUAUUAAAUUUUUAUGGGAGAGUUAAGUUGCUUUUUCUUUACGUUUAUUUACAGUAUUGAUGAUUCCCUCACCUUCCACUGUUGUGAGGAACAUUGUGCUUUGUUUUGUUGUAUUUUUUCUAUGAGAUUAUCAUCGUGAUAUGGAUUAAGGAUUUCUUCCACCAGGUUUGGUCCAAUAUUGAUUAAAAAUGGGCCAAAAUGGGUCAAAAUGUUUCAAUAAAACUGUCAAUUCCA